GUUGAAACAUGGGAGGUUGUUAUCAGUUGAUGAAGAGAUAAACAAGAUACCUGAAAGUAAAACAAAGAAGAUACAAAUAGAAAAAGAAUUUCAAGGUUAUGCAGGUUGCCCCUGAUCAGGUCACGGGCGCAACAAGUUCGGGAGGGAACCCCUUCUCCUCAGCAACCCUCCAGCAGUAGGGAAAUACUUAUGAAAAAUAAAAAGAAAUUAAUCAGCAUCUCCUCAAUGGUUGUUAGCAGAGAGGAGCGUGAAGUGCUCUACUAAAACACAGUGAACCAACUCCAGCAGAUGAGAUGGGUUCCCAUUUAUUCACUGGCUGUGGAAACUACACACUGGACCUCAAACAAUUUUCCAUUCUUCCUCCUGACUCUGGUACCUUGAUUUUCAAAUGAAAUGCAACAUUUUCUUUCAUCACAAAAUAGGACUUUUGACUGGGCAACAGUCCAGCUGUUUUCCAUCUAGGCCCAGACAAGACUCCCCAGACAACUGGAGCCCACGUUCUGGGUCUGUGUGUGGUUAGCCUUAAGGCUCUGUGUCCUGCAGUGAUCUACACUGUGUGCAUCUUCUUAAAACCUUUGAAUGGGCUUUGCUUCACAAUCCUCUCAAGCCUCUGGUAUCCCUAUUGCUUUUUCCUAUUUCGCUAUCACACUUUUUCCUUCCACUUAAUUUUCCAUUAAUAUGCUUGAACACAGAAUUCUUUGAACAUCCAGCUGUUUUAAAAAUGGCCUUUUGUGGUUUACACACCUAUUGGAGGGUUAGGAGACUGUCUGGUGUACAGUUGCCUAAGCAGUAAACAAUCUUCUCCUUAGCUGUGUAGGCUGUAACAUAACGAUGCUGUAGUAAAAAUUAUGUGAAAAGAAAAUUGUGUUUUAAUUAGCCUUACACAAUAAUUUUGAAUUAAAUCCCAUUUGAUUUCAAAUUUCUAUAUUAAGAUAAUUUUCCAAUGAUGUCAUAAUUUAUUCAGAUGCACCUGUAGUUUCACAAAUGCUCAAGUCAAUCAGGAAGUUAAUGUUUUUUGGCCACUCGAUGGCACUGUUGCUAAAUGAAAAAGAGAAUAAAACUAUGUUCUUUGUCCUUGUAGUUUCAAGUUGACACUUUAGUUUAUACAAAGGAACUGAGAAUGUCUGGAACUUUACCUAAAGGUACAAAAGGGAAAACUCUACAUACUUUGCUGCAUUAGUAACAUAAUGGCUGGCUUGCAUUUUCAGGUUUUUCUUUUUGCAUUUUUAUUAAAUAUUGCACCCGAAUGCAGAGGGAGUGAGACUGUGUCAGCUUUUAAAGUAGAAGAUGUGGCUUUGUUGUGUCUAAACUUCAACGUCACCGAUCCACUGACCUGCUACAGAAUCAGACUGACAAAGUACACAGAUGCCAGUUCCCCCACAGUCGUAUUUCAGUAUCCAAAAAAAUCCCAAGAUGCCAAACGUGUGAAUUUGGAAGCAAACAGAAAAGGACAAACAUGUGUUUUUUUGAGAACCCUGCAGAAAUCAGAUGAAGGAAUGUACAACUUUGAAAUUUGGAAAGGAUGGGACAAAAUUAACGUCACAGAAAUAUUUUUAAAAGUGAAAGAUUGCAGAACCCUUAAAGUGGAGACGGCAAAUCCUGGCAUGCCUGUGACGCUUAACUGCUCAGAGGAUGCAGAAACAGCCCCUUCAAAUGUGACAUGGGCAAAGCUGAAAGGGAGCAACUCUGUUCCUGUUGAUUUGACAAGGGCUGAAAUGAAGGAAGUAUUCCUGACAAUCCCGUCUGUGUCUGCCAGUGACAGCGGUUGGUACAGAUGUGAUUAUAUAGUCAGACAAAGUCAGCGCUGCUCAAAGAUCAAUCUCCAUGUCAAAAGUCGUCAAGAAGAUGUGUCUGAGAUCACAAUGGUUCCAAGUCCUACAUUUACAAAAACUCAGCCAGCCUUUUUUCAGGAUUUUAAGGCUAAUGAGAAAGAUGAAAAUGAAACCUCGAUUCUGGUUGUAGUCCUGGUCCUUACCUUGAUAAUCACACUUGCAGCACUGACAGGACUGUUUAUUUAUAAGAGAUUGAAAUCCCAGAGGAAUUCUGCAGGCUGCUUUCAAAGGUCUGAGGAUUUCUAUGAGAAUGUGACUCUUCCAUGUUCACCAGAUGCUACAGACCAAAUCAACAGCUUGUAUGCAUUUCCAGAGGAGGUUCAAAUGCAUACUUUUAUAGAAUCGUGAAUCUGAAAUCUAGAAAUCUUCUGGCUAUUCGUGGAAAACACUGAAGAUUUGACUCCUUUCUUUUCCAAUAAGUUUAAUCGUUGCAUCUAUGUGAACGUGUAAUCAAUACACUUGCUGGCCACUUUAUUAGGUACACCUUGCUAGCUAGGCUAUGGCAUUUAAAAUGGCUCUGUUGGUAUUAAGGCGCCCAAAGUGUGCCAGAAACACAUCAUUACACCACCACCACCAUUUUGAUAAUACAAGGCGAGAUAGAUCCUUUUAUGUUGUUUACACCAAAUUCUGACACAUCAGUUCAGGUGACAUUUGUCCAAUCUCUUAUUGUCUACUUUUGUUGAACCUGAAUGUUUGAAUUGUAGCCUCGGUUUUCCUGUUCUUAGCUGGCAGUGACACCUGGUGUGAUGUUCCGCUUCUAUGGUCCAUCUGCUUCAGUGUUGUGCAUUCAGAUUGUAUUUCAUUUUUUGGUUGCAACAUGUGCGCUACUGUCGCCUUUCUAUUAUCUCAAACCAGUCUGCCCAUUCUCUUCUGACCCCUGCCAACAACAAGGAAUUUCCAGGGCUGCUGACUGGAUACUUUUUCGGAUUAGCUUCUGUAAACCGGAGACAUGUUUGUGUGUGAAAUCCCCAGUAGAUAAACGGUUUCCAAAACACUUAGAUCAGCCCCCCUGUCAUCAAAAAUCAGGCUACAUUGAACAUCACCUAAAUCGUCUUUCAUCCCCGUUCUGAAGCUUGGUUUGAUUUACAUCAAACUAUCCUCACCAUGUCUAGAUGCUAAAUACAUUGAGCUGCUACAGUGUGAUUUGGCUGGUUUAAUUGUGUUAACAACUACUAGACGUGUGGCUAAUAAAGUUGCCAGUGAGUACAUUUUUAUUUUAUCUGUAUCUUUUGAGUGAAAGGAGUCUUACAUUACUGUCUUUCAAUAGGUUCUAUUUCAUCAAAAGUAUGAAUGUAAUAUUCUCUUGAACAAGUAUUUUUGCAAAUUAUGUUCAGUUGGCAAAAAAAACAUUCCAGCAUUUAAAUAAAGACAAAGAGCAAUA